GCAGGCAGACAAUUGAACAGCUAUGUGUUUCAGGACCCCAGUUGAGAAACAACGCGUGAGAGCUAAAUAACAAAUGUGCGUGCAUUGAAUGAAGAUUUAAGACAAGAUCCAGGUCUAACGCUUGACGCGUGGGAAAAUGACGAAAAGGAAACGUCAGGAUGAUUUCCAAAAAGUUAAACUGAAGGUGGGCAAGAAGAAACCAACCCCAGACAAUGCAACCAAUGUCAGUUUCCGAUCAAAGGGUAUCCAUCUCACAGAGCAAUUGAAGCGCGAUGCGUCUGGUCCAACCACACAUCGCCAGCUUGGUAUUAAGGAACUACUCUCUCAGCUUCACCAUUACAGUGCCUCAGUGAAGCAGGGGGCAUUGUGUGGCCUCCGCGAGCUGCUGACGUCUCACCCAGCACUGGUGGAGCAGCACCUCUCCGCUCUCCUGAGUGAGGUGGCCGCCGCGUUCACGGACAAAGAUGGCAGCGUGCGCUCUGCUGCGCUGCGCCUGCUGCGUUUCGUGGCGCAGUGUGUGCCCAGCGAGCGCGUGGGCCCUUUCUUCCCACUGCUCAGCGCCCACCUGACCUGCGCCAUGACGCACAUCCAGGCGAGCAUCCAGGCGGACGCCAUGCUGGUCCUCGACGUCUUGUUGGAGCAUUACCCGGCUCUGCUGGCCCACAGACACGCACACCUGCUCACCAACUUCCUGGAGCUCAUCUCCCGGCAGCGCCUCAGUGGAGGAACCAAAGCCAAUGAGAAAGCAGGAGCAGGGAAGGCUGGAUGGGCGCUGUCAGUCACACCCGACCGCGGUGUAACAGCUCAGCAGUGGAGACUCACGGUGCUGCUCAGGCUAAGUCGAUUCCUGCAGGCCGUGGUGGAGGAGAGGCCGGAAGAGGAGAGUGUGGUGUCGGUGGACAGAGAGGGCAGGGAGAAGGGAAUAACGACCCCUCUGGAACUGAACUGGGAUGACCACCCAUUUGGCAAAGGAGGAAUUCAGGUGUUUGAGAAUUCUGGAGCUGCGCCCACUCCUCACUCAACCUAUCGACUCAGGCCAGAUGUGGAUAAAGGUGUUGGUGUCGGAGAGGAGCUGAGCUCUGUGGAGAGGGUGCGUGGCUUCGCCGAGACGCUGGUGCCUCUGCUGCUGGAGGUGUGGGUGGAGACGGUGGGCACCGACAAUGCACACCUGCUCUCAGGGGACGCCAUGGUGCUCAUGCUGCAGAUCCUCACCAUCCUGCAGCUCCUCAGGCGCCUGACUCCACAGCACCACCUACAGGAGGAACUGGACAUAUGGCUGCGUAACACCUAUCUCAGUGACUUCAAGCUGUACUUCAUGAAGAACUUCCCCUACGGCCAGCUGGACACACCGUCCCCCCGGCACAAGAAGAGCUCCCACAGGAACCGGCAGCAGGCGUUGGCAGGUGCGGGCAGCGCGGCCAGCGUGGAGCCCCUGGCGCUGAACGUGACGCUGUGCCAGGUGAUGGUGACGCUCAGCCACCGGGGGCCCGGGCAGCCCGAGGGCCAGGACGCCGACUGGCUCGGCCCCAUCCGCAGCUUUGUGCGCGAGACGCUGACCGGCGGCAGCAGGCUGAGCAGCAAGCAGCUGGGAGCCCUGCUGGAGGUGGUGCGGAGACUAGUGGUCAGCCAGAGAGGCCGAGCUGUCUCUGAGGACCUCCUCCAGGCGGUGUAUACUCAGUACCAGCAGAGGAACCUGACCGUGUCUGUGCGGCUCAUGCUACUACGCUUCUUCAGUCAGCUCUACCUAAAGGAACGUCUCAACAGGAGUAAGAUCCUGACGCGCUGGCUGGCUGCUCUCCCUGUGCAGUUGGUGCAGCUGGGCUCCAGGAACCCUCAGCUGUCUGCGCAGAUCCUGCAGACGCUGCAGCAGGCGGCCGCCUGGAAGAACAAGGAGCUGCUCAACAGCCUGCUGACGCACGCGUGCAGCCUCUACGACCCGCAGGAGGGCUGUGUGGUGGUGCUGCCGGUGGACUCGCAGCAGCGGCUGGUGCAGAUGCUCUACUUCCUGCCCGCCUUCCCCCCGGAGCUGCUGUCCUGCCUCAGCCGCGUGUGCAACACGGGCCGCGUCUCCGCCGCGCUGGCCGCUACGCUCAUCCGCAUCAUCCACCUCAGAUCUUCUAUAAGUGGAUGGACGAGUAACUGGCAGGAAGCUGCUGUUCGAGAUGUGGAUUACCUUAGCUUCCUGUUCUCCACCCUCACAGGCUUCUCAUCUGAUGAGCUGGCGGUGCUGCAGCAGGCUGAUGAGGAUGCCUUGUCUCCGCCCUCUCCUCUCUCCCCCUUCAGCGUCUACCCCACCCCCCUGGAGCAGUUCACACACCACUGGGACAUUGUGGAGGAAGUGUGCCACUGCUUAUCAACACUGGGCUCCAACUCACAGUGCUUUGAUAUUCUCCAGAAUGGCAUCUGUAAGAACUUGGUGGGAUUGACCGUUAUGCCGGACGGUGUGUGUGCGGCUGUCCUGAGGGUGGUCGCCCGCCUACUGGAUCUGAGUUUCCUGCCCAGCGACACACUUCUACACUUCCUGUCCGACUGCUGUCUGAGCAUGCUCAGUCUACUCCUGCAGCUGGAACACAGUGCACACAAAAGGGAGGCGGUGUGGGGGGCGUGCCUGGCGGCGCUGAGCGGCGUGCCCCGGCUGCUGCGGCUGCUGCUGCAGUCCCUGCGCGUGUGCGACAUGUGUGAGGAGGAGUUCCCGCAGCUGGCGCAGAUCCUCUCGCUCCUCAUGCAGCACACACACCUGCGCAACCACAUGGUGACCAACGCCUCUCUGCUGCAGCACAUCAUCCAGGAGCUCACGCGCUACUGUGGAGGAGAGUCUCGUGAGCAGUGGCUGACCGACCUGCUGUACUGCUACAGUGUCACUCUGUCUGGUCACCGUGGUAACCUGUACUAAACCCCUCCCAUCUCAUGACUUCUGCCAUCCCCCUCCCAUCCCCCAUCCACCUUUGUCUCCUUCACACUUGGUGUGUUUUUUUUCUUUUUGUUUUGUUUUGAUACUUAUUUCUUUUUUUUUUGAAAAAAAGGGAAAAGUUUUUUUUAACAAAAUAAAUGAGUAAAAAAAUGGACUGUGAU